CGUCGUCGCUUUAGUAGCCUCCCUGCCAUCUGGCACUUAAGAAGCUUAACAAACCACAAGAUGCGUUUAAUUCAGGCACUGGCCACACUUCUGCUGCUUGCCUCCACACUGUCUCAAUUUGAUGAUCUGCCAGCCAGUGUUAGAGUACAGUUGAGUCCCCGUUUGCUGUAUAGAAGGAAGAGUGGCAUCCAGACUGAUGACACAGACCCUGUCGGUAGUGUUCGGGUUUUGCUGGAGAAAAUGGAGCUGGAUCAUCUGAAUUUCGAGGUUGUUCAGGCCAUUGAGAUACCCACAUAUGGGCUGCUCUUUGAAAUGCAAUCAUAUGAUCAGGCAAUUGAGAUUGCCACGACCUGGAAGAGAAUAUUAAGGCACAACUCCGAGUACGGCGUGGUAGAUACUUGCCCCAGAGGAGACAGUGCCUGUGUGGGCCCAGAUUUUGAGCUGCAGCAAACCGAAAGGGAUUUCUUUGUGGGACCUAGUAGAACGUCGACUAAUUUUGUGGGCCCCACCUUCAGAAGGGGCGACUAAUGGGGGAAUAGUGGAAAAUUUGUUUUCGAUGAAAGUUUGGUUAUCUUAUCGCUAAUAAAAGCACCGAUUACUUGCAUUCAUUCAUGGAA